ACAACGCUACUGAACGCCCAGAGGGCAAACAGAAAAUGGUCAUGGAUUUUGUUGAGGUGCCGCGGCCGGAGUGGUACAGGAAGAUGCGCAGGAAGAGAGCGGCUGCACCUCGGUUUUCAAGGCCACUCAAUACACCUGAGGUUGUCAUUUCUCACUAUCUAUCAAUGUCAAUUAACCUGUAAUGUUCGUAGUCUGAUGACGUUCCAAUCCACCAGUUGGCUCGUUCCAUGCUCAAUCUUGGCCCAAAGGGCCUAUCGAACUACAAAGCUGAUGUUAAUAACUGUAGUCCAUCGACACUUGUCGGAAGCGAGCAUGAGGGUUCAGCUAAGCACCCCCCGACUCCGAAGAGAAGGGCAAGGAAGCAGCCAAAACCUCAGUCACCCACGACAGCGAAGCGGAGACGUGUUAUGGAAAGUCAUCCCAGGGCUUUGGAAGACACCGGGCUUGCUCGCGCCCUCAAUGUAACAUUCGAAUGCAACACGCCAAUGCACGUUGAUAGGGCUGUCCAGACGAGGCUGCACUUCACAAAAUUGGUCGCACCUGCCCAGGAUAUACCCAGUGCUCUGGAGAAACGAGUGAAAACUUUGCAGGACGAGUUGGGUGCCGUCCAUCAGGAGAACCUGUACCUAAAAGGACAGAUGGAAGGCUUAACAACAUUAAACGCAAUGCUUGGAGGCUCGUUGGUCCCGCCAGCACAAAGUUCUUCUGCUUCGCGGGCCUCUCCGCCGGAAUCUGUACCUGCGUUGUUCGCUCGGAUUGAACCCGCACCUUCGCUCAGGCGACGCACACCCACAGAACCGCGGAGUCACAGGAUGAGAAGAAUCAAUAGUACUGGUGUCUCCACUGAUAACGGGCACUGGAACCGUUCUUCCAGUGGAUACCAUCGUAAUCUGACGGUUAAAUACGGACCCUCGCGAGGGCGAAGUUUCCGUCGAGAAGGCAAAAAGUCUUUUGCGGCUAGGGCUCAUACGCUUGCGGUGCCUUCUGGCAUCCGUAAUGAUUUUGUGGCCAACCCCGACGUGCCGCCUAGUGCGUCAUCGGCAUCGUUGUCCUUGCAUUCACCGGCCGGGUAUUGUGGCCAAUCCCAGAGUAGCUCUUCUACUGUUAGGGAACGAGAUCCCGAGGAACAUGGACUUGCGUCCAAACUGGAUGUUGUCGCCACUCACAAGGGGCUAAAGCUCGAGGAACCAGAGUGCGGUUGCGUUGUUUCGGAGGACGAGAUAUCACUUGGGGAUGACGACGAAGUGCCACAUGUAGUGUAGGGUUAUUUUGCCAUGGGAAUAGGGGUGGGGGUCCCGAGCUUCAUGAACACAUGUAUCAACGUGUACUCGUUACUGACUCAAAGCACUGCUAAAAUCGUUA